UCGUAAAGCUGAAGCCGGGGUCGGUCGUGAAGAAGCGGCUUGCCUGUACUCCUGACACCGUCUGCGAGGUUUGACAUUGGAGGCAGCGGACGCGAGACCAGUGGCUGAGCCGCUCUCCCUUUCUCUCCUUCACAGCCUUCCUCCGCCAUGGCGGCGGCGCUGGCCCGUAAGGCCGCCGACUAUGUGCGCAGCAAGGACUUCAGGGACUAUCUUAUGAGCACUCACUUCUGGGGGCCAGUGGCCAACUGGGGACUCCCAAUUGCUGCUAUCAAUGACAUGAAGAAAUCACCAGAGAUCAUCAGUGGCCGAAUGACAUUUGCACUAUGCUGCUAUUCGUUGACUUUCAUGAGGUUUGCAUAUAAGGUACAGCCCAGGAACUGGUUGCUGUUUGCUUGUCACUUUACUAAUGAAGCCGCACAACUUGUUCAAGGAGGAAGAUUGAUGAAAUACAACAUGGAAAAAAAGAAGUGAGGGGAAAUGGAAAGGUGAUCUUCACAGAUAACCAUCAAGGAAGGUCUUUGCCAUCCACAGUUGCCGCGUGUCAUAUUGUUGCAUUCUCUUCAUCUGAAAACAUUCAUACCAACAUUUGUCCAUCUACUAAAUUUUGUAGCCUGUCUUUUAAAAAAAAUACUAUUUAGCAGUUUAAGGCAUUACAUCAAACACUUGCUGCCUUACAAGUACUACAUUUUAUUUUUCUAUUUAUGAAAUUUUUCCGCUCAAACGCACACCAACUUAAGGACAAGAACUGUUUUUUAUAACAAGCAGAAAAGAAAAAAAGACAGUGAAUUAAUUUGUGCAUCUUGUUAAACUUGAAAAAUCAAUGUGUAUUUGGCAGUCAGGUACACAGAUGUACUCUGCCUUUUAAGUAGAUUGAAGCUACCAUAAAAUAGCUCUUGUGUUCAGGAGCACCCAUUUCUGAAUUUUUUUAAAAGAACAAUUAAAUUGUAUAUUAGACAUCCACAUCAGCCGCACAGUGCUGACGAAAGGGGGUACACUCCUUGCCAACUAACUGCUCUCAGGUUGCUAAUUUGAGCGUUGUAUGUCUGCCUAUCCACAUGUUCAUAUAUCUGACUCCUAGGUUCUAUAAGAUUGGACUGAUUUAGGUAAACUCUAAGGGUGGUGCAGCUUGUGCAGUGUGAAACGGGGCUAUUUUAGAAAUACCUAUCUUGUUUCAGGCCUGCCAGACAUCCAUGCUUUGGACAUCCCUGUUUGCAUGUUUUGAACUUACAAAUGUAGGUCCUAUGCAGUAAUUUCCUGGAUUUUCUGUGGGUCAAAUGAUGGUUUGCUCUAUUUACAAUGCUGCUUCACAUGUAGAUCUUCUCCAAAUAUUACAUCAGUGCUUUGAUGUCUUGUAGGCCUGGAUGUGGGUCAGCUGUUCCCAAUCCCUGUGCCUCAUUGUGUGAAGACUUUGCCAUCCUUAGAAUUAACCUGAAUUGUCCCAUUUAUUCCAUACACACUGCAUGUUGUGGAUCUUUAACUUAUGUCACUAUCGUAUUUCCGUAUUAUCUGCCUCUUGAAGAUUACCUGCCUCACAAGAUUUCUUGCAGAUUUUAACUAAAACAAAAAGCUCUGACAGAUUAAAGUGAAGACUUCUGGAAAUCAAGAUCGAAGGAUACCUAACAAGGAUUUUACUAUUAAAAUUCUGGCAGACCAAUGUUCUAAUUGCUCCUUCCAUAGCACUUGUGACUUUAAUUAGCAAUUGUAAAGCACCAUAUACAGAAUGUAUUUAACAAUUUUAAAUGCAACAACUUUGGGGCAGUAAACUUUCCCAAUGGGGAGAAGUUAUGAUAUAAAACUGUAAAUCAAAGUAAUGGCAAUAAAUUAUUUUGAGGGAGUUUUGUGAUAACUGUUUUCAGCAAUGUUAAUAAAAAUGGUACUUCUUGCAUUACUGGACUGUAAAAACAAACUACCAUUUGUGGAAAAUCUAUGAAGAACAGGACUUCUCACUUUUGAGGUCCAUUUUCUGUUAUAAUGAUCUUCAAACUAAUAUAAAUACAUUGAUAAAAAUAUA